AUGAUUAAACAACAACAACAAAACUUAAGGCACAAAGCACCGGUCCCUCAGACCAUUACAUACGCCAUAUAUGCAUAUAAUUCAAAGACGGCAGAACAAACGCAAAGGUUGAAAUAUGGAGAUUUGGAGAUAGUAUUGAAAAAUGAACAUUUCGAAUUCGUUUGCAAAGGUGGUGCAGUGAUAUCAAAUAUAAAAGAAAUUUUAUUUAUGAAUUCAAAAAUUAAAGGAAUAACGGAUGAUAUAACAUCAAUUCCACCAGAAGAACAAAGAUAUUACGCAUUAAAUGCAUUUCCUAAAGUUUUGAAGAUUGGAAGAUUUAAUUUAAAUGAGGAAUUCAUAAAAGGUUUCCUAAAUGACAUAAUGAAGAAAGCAGAUAAGGAAUAUGUGGCUAGUGAGUUAAUGAAGAAAGCAGAUAAGGAAUAUGUGGCUAGUGAGUUAGAGAAGAAAGCAGAUAAGGAAUAUGUCAACAGUGAGUUAGAGAAGAAGGCAAAUAAGGAAUAUGUGGUUAGUGAGUUAGAGAAGAAGGCAGAUAAGGAUUGUGUGGCUAGUGCGUUAGUGAAGAAGGCAGAUAAGGAAUAUGUUAAUGAAAAAGAUAAUGAAAUUAAAGAAAGGGUUGAAAGGUAUCAUGAAUGGACAUCAAAUAUUUUAAAAUCUAAAGCUGAUACAGGGUGGGUUUCAGAAUGUUUAGACAUUAAAGCAGAUAAGGAAUAUGUCAACAGUGAGUUAGAGAAGAAGGCAGAUAAGGAUUGUGUCAACGAAAUAUACCAAAGUUUGAUAGGAACAACUGAAAAUAUUGAAACUAUUGUUGGUGACUUUUCUGUCAAUGAAGAAAAUAAAUAUUUUGGAUGGCAGUUUGUACAGUCCUUAAGAAAUGGUGCACGGUGUAAACUCAUUCCGAAAAAUAACAAUGAAAUGUAUGUAAGCUAUAUAAAGAAUGAUGGUACACAAGUUAAAGUUCCAUUAGACAACAACUGUUACUUAAACUUAUAUGGAGACGAACAAAAGAAAUAUUUAAGAGUUUAUGAAAUGGUAGAUAUGACAUUGCCUGACCCAGCUCCAGCACCAUAUUAUUAUGACUAUGGAGAUGAUGUCAGAACACCACAUGUAGAUGAACAAAAGCUAACAUUAUAUUUAGAUUAUUAUAGAUAUAAAAGAUAUAAUGCAAUAGAAAAAACGAGAAUAGUAUAUUAUUAUAUAGAUGACAAAAAUAAAUAUUAUAGUCAAGAUUUUACCUACCCUGA